UGAUACCCCCAUAACCCUCCCGUGACAUGUCGAAGCCCACGGCGAACUGGGAGAAGCUGGGCGACAAGUUCUAUCGGAAAGUCCAGCUCUAUACCGCCGUCUUCGAUCAAGACCUCGAACUUGAGAACUACAAUGUGGUGGGGGCUCCGUACAGCGGCGCUGUAGCGAUAUACCGCGAUGAAGACAAAAUAUAUACCUACCGAGGCCCGCAGGCCUCGAAAUCGAGCAUCGAUAUCUAUAGCUGUGCGGGGAAGCUGAUCCGGCGCAUAAACUGGGACAAAGGAUCGAUAAAAGGGCUUGGCUGGUCAGAAGACGAGAAGCUGCUCGUGGUGACUGAGGAGGGUACCGUGCGGUGCUACUACGACCUACAGGGCGACUUUGUGCCCUUUACGCUCGGCCACGGAGCAGACGAAUACGGCGUUCAGUCCUGCAAGUUCUACGGCUCCGGCUUCGUCGCGCUUCUGGGGAACAACAACCUCAUAUCCGUAAGCUCGUACGCCGAACCACGCCCCAAACUCCUCGCGAUACCUCCCUCCGAUCCUAUAAUAUCAUGGUCGAUAAUACCGCCGGCAUACUCUCUGUCACGCUCCGUCGAAGUCAUACUCGCGAUUGGGAAGACUCUAUAUGUCGUAGAUGCGACAGAAGCCGAGGACCGAAGCUUCGAUGCGGGCCCUUUCAGACAUAUAAGCGUGAGUCCAAGAGGCGAGUUUCUCGCAUUCUAUACGGACGAUGGGAAGGUGUGGGUCGUGAGCGGAGACUGGAGUGACAAGCUGAGCGAGUACGACAGUAGGGUCAAGACGGUACCAAAGGAUAUGCAAUGGUGCGGGAGCAACGCGGUCGCGCUGGCUUGGGAGGAUGAAGUCCACCUCGUCGGGCCGAGAGGCGCAGUCACGAAGUUUUACUACGAUGCUUGGAUACAUCUGCUACCAGACGUCGACGGUUUGCGGUUGCUAACGAACGACGUCUGCGAAUACCUCCAGAAAGUCCCGGACGAAACGGUCGAUGUCUUCCGGCUAGGGUCCGAUUCUCCAGCUGCGAACCUCCUCGAAGCAUCAUCUCUCCUGGAGCAAAAGUCACCGAAAGCAGAUGAUCUGAUCCAACUUAUUCGUUCGGACCUCGCGGAAGCGGUCGAUACAUGUAUCAAGGCCGCAGCUCACGAGUUCAAUAUCCACUGGCAGAAGUCUCUCCUUCGCGCUGCCUCAUUCGGAAAGUCGGUCCUAGACCUCUAUUCCAGCGACGACUUCGUCGAGACGUGCGACACCCUGCGCGUCCUAAACGCAGUCCGCUUCUACGAAAUCGGCCUCCCUAUAAGCUACGAUCAAUACCGACGCCUAACUCCCGAGAAACUCGUCGAGCGCCUCACAAACCGCAACGAAUAUCUCCUCGCACUGCGCGUAGCAUCCUACCUCCACCUUCCCACCUCCCACAUCCACGGCCACUGGGCGCAGCAAAAAGUCCGUGUCUCCACCGACACCGAAGAGCAAAUAUGCUCCCUCAUCGUCAAGAAACUGCACGGCAAACCGGGCAUCUCUUUCGAGGAGAUUGCCCGUGCCGCCUACGACGAAGGACGCGUGCGCCUUGCCACGGAACUGCUGAACUACGAGCCGCGAGCCGGCAAACAAGUCCCCCUCCUGCUCAACAUGAAAGAAGACAACAUCGCGCUCGACAAAGCCAUCGAGUCCGGCGACACGGAUCUCAUCUUCCACGUCCUCUUGCAUCUGCGCAAAAAGCUCCCCCUGGCCAGUUUUUUCCGCGUAAUCAACACCCGCCCCGUCGCAACCGCCCUCGUCGAAUCCUCCGCCCUAGACCAAAACCGCGAGCUCCUGAAGGACCUCUACUACCAAGACGACCGGCGCCUCGACGGCUCCAAUCUCCUGCUCAGCGAAGCCCUCGCUCAACCCAGCCUCUCCGCCUCCCUCGACAAGCUCAAACUCGCGUCGAAAUAUAUAGCCGAUAGUCGCGACGCCCCAUCUGUCUUCCAGCGGCAGGCACUCGACGACGCAGCAAAGCUGCUCCGGCUGCAAGAGCAGUUCGAAAAGGACCUCGGGCCGCGCGACGGCGGGAUUACCAGUCCGAGCUCCUCCUUCAUCGGCCUAAGCGCCCACGAAACAAUCUUCCAGCUGCUCCGACUCGGCCACAACAAGCGCGCCCUGAAGGUGCAAAGCGAAUUCAAAAUCCCCGACAAAACAUACGCCUGGCUGCGCCUCCGCGCCCUCGUCAACGCGCGCCACUGGAACGAGCUCGAGGAGAUCGGCAAGCAGAAGAAGAGCCCGAUCGGCUGGGAGCCGUUCUUCAACGAGGUGCUGGCCGCGGGCAACACGCGCGUCGCGAGUAUUUUCGUGCCCAAGUGCACGCAGCUGACGCCCGCGGAGAGGGUCGAGAUGUGGACGAAGUGCGGGUUGCUUGUUAAGGCGGGGGAGGAGGCGAUGAAGGCCAAGGAUCGGGCGUUGCUGGAGGAGCUUAGGGUGAAGGCGGGCGGGAGUGCGGCUGUGGAGAUAGAGCGCAUGUUGGGGAUGCUGCCGGCGGGGAGACGGUGAUGGAGUGGCAUCUAUUAGGUCCAUUUGCGGCGACAGAGGCUGUCUAGUAUGUAUAACAUCUGAAUUCUACCAUGGACAGCGAAGCUUGUUUGGCAUGGUAUACAUGUUUGGAUUGCACGUCUGAUGUACACGGUCU